UCUAGACUACUGUAAAGGAUAGAAGAUAGUUUGACUUUGCUCUGUAUCAAGGUCUAAUUACAUCAUCACUUUCCAAUAAUUUCAAUAACUGGUCUUGGCUUGCUAGAAGAAUCAGUUACCAGUCCACAAUACCAUCAGCUUCCUUGAUUCUAUGCUAAUGGCAGAGGAGAAAAGAGAGGUUCUUCUGUUUAGCUAUGUAUUUCAGGUUACUGAAAAUAAGCCACUGGAGGCUACCCAUUUAGCUCUAGAGGCUGGGUUCCGCCAUAUUGAUACUGCUUAUGUGUACCAAACUGAAAAUCAUGUAGGGCAGGCUAUUCGAAGCAAGAUUGCAGCUGGCCUUGUGAAAAGAGAAGACAUAUUCCUCACUACAAAGCUUUGGUGCACUUUCCAUAGGCCAGAGCUGGUUCGCUCUAACUUGGAGAAAUCAUUGAAAAACCUGCAGCUGGAUUAUGCUGACCUCUAUAUUAUACAUUAUCCAAUGCAAAUGAAGCCAGGGGAAGAUCUGUUUCCAGAAGAUGAGCAUGGAAAAACGUUAUUUGACACAGUGGAUAUAUGUGCCACAUGGGAGGCCAUGGAGAAGUGUAAGGAUGCAGGACUAACCAAGUCCAUUGGGGUAUCUAACUUUAACUAUAGACAGUUGGAGAUGAUUCUGAAUAAGCCUGGGCUCAAAUACAAGCCUGUUUGCAACCAGGUGGAAUGCCAUCUCUACUUGAACCAGAGGAAGCUGUUGAACUACUGCAAGUCAAAGGACAUUGUUCUAGUUGCCUACUGUGCUCUUGGAUCUCAACGACCUAAGCGAUGGGUAGACCCAAGCUCUCCAGUUCUCUUGAAUGAUCCAGUUCUUUGUGACAUAGCAAAAAAGCACAAGCGAAGUCCAGCUCAGAUUGCCCUUCGCUAUCAUCUCCAACGUGGAAUUGUGGUUCUUGCCCAAAGUUACAAAGAGAAUGAGAUAAAAGAGAACAUACAGGUAUUUGAAUUUGAGCUGCCUUCAGAGGAUAUGAAAAUCCUAGAUAGCCUGGACAGAAAUUUAAGAUAUGCACCUGCUCCAUUUGGAGAGGGUCACCCAGAAUACCCCUUUUCUGAUGAAUUUUAGUGUAGAGACCUGUGUCAUGACUUCUACACACAGCUCAAAGUCUCUUUAUAAGGAUUGUGGUGUGUGUGACAUACCAGAUGAUGCAGAUUCAACAUGUGUCACUUCUGCUCACUCUGAGCUGCCUGAAAACCCUCCUUCAGCCAGAGCUGUGUCCACCAGUCCGGAACAUAAGUCACUACAUUUUCAUCAUUCUUUGACAUUGUUGUAAUACUUGUUAUAAAGGUCUUUCAGGAUUGUCAGUG